AUGACCGUCAGCACCACCUCUGCUGCUGUGCAUAUUACUCCUGUCGUCCUCAAGACCUUUCUUGAACAUUAUAAAAGGAAAACCAAGAAAUUGAGGGAGGGCCAUUCAGGGCAAGAGGUGGCGACGGACGAUAUCCUGUUUGAUGAAGCCUUUCAUAUCGUCCAGGCAUUUAUCCAGCUCGGGACCCAAAACACUAUAGAGUCCCUACAAGCAUUCACGAACACACAUAUACCCGCUCCAUUCUGGACAGCCGUAGUGCCCGUCAUGGUUUCUCUUUCCUCUUGCAACCGAGCUGCAGACCUCCUCAUCGACUGGUUUGGUCCUGAGGAGCUCAAGAGAGUCGUUGGUGGCGAACGAUGGUGGCAAGUCCGUGGCAUGGACGGCAUAGCGUCUGAAUGGAUCACGGAGGGUCGCUUUUUGGAUGAUGCGGAGGUUGCUGGCGAUGGCGAGAAAUUGAGUGAUGACGAAGAGACCAUUAAGAAGAUGGAGAAACUGGAGACCGUCAUGCUCUAUGUUCACGGAGGUGCCUAUUUCUGGGGCUCGAUCAAUACACAUCGUUAUCAAAUCAUUCGCUUCGAUUUCUAUCUCAUCAGUCCACCACCUGGAGCUGCCCACAAACCUGUUUCACCGUCCAAGAUCACCUUCGCAGGUGAUUCAGCAGGAGGUGCUCUAUGUAUCACCGCUUUGACCGUACUACGCGACAUGGGCAUCCCAUUACCUGCUGGCGCUGUGCUCAUAAGCCCCUGGGUCGACUUGACUCACAGCUUUCCCAGCGUCAUGUCCAACACCCAUAGCGAUAUCAUCCCACCGCAUGGGUUUGUUCAUAAACCAUCCACUACUUGGCCCGUUGAGCCAAUUGCAAACGGGAGUAAUCGCAUCCGCGUUACGGAUACGAAGACAAACCCGCCGCCUGGGCCUGGCCAUGCUGAUACUCUCUCACCGACUCCGCAUCGGAUGUGCGCGGAACAUAACGCCAUGAGGAGCGCGAAGGAAGAGGGAAAGGGAGUCCAGGAGAUGAGAGAGGAAGAACAAGAUAGGCACGAUGGGGUGCAGAGCCAGAAUGAGAUGUUGAAGCAUAUGUCAAUCAGUGAGUCGCAGAACGAAGUGGGCGAGGAGAGGGAGUCAGGCAUCCGGAGAAACGAAGAACUCGAUGCAAGUGACGGAGCUGCUGUGAGAAAUGAGAGUAGUGGCGAUCCUUCUUUGUGGGAGCCCAAACCGCCGAAGGUGCUCAUGAAGGACCCCGAUACAAUCCCGCUCGAGAUCCGAUCACAAAUUCAGCAAUACGCUACCAACGAACAACUCACCCACCCACUUGUGUCACCCAUCCUGCAGGGCUCGCUAGGCAACCUGUGUCCGUUGUACAUCAUAGCAGGCGAUGGCGAGGUUUUGCGAGACGAGAUCAUAUAUUUUGCUCAUCGGGCUGCGCACCCAGAUGAGUAUCCGGUGAGGCAGGGUGUGUUGAUGGAGGGCAGGCGACAAAAGGAAAAUGUGAAGAAAUUCACAAUGCCCACCAAGGUUCAUCUGCAGGUAUACGACGGAAUGCCGCAUGUUCUCACUGUCUUCAUUUUCACGGACUGUGCAAGAUAUGCUUACCAGUCGAUUGCCAAAUUCAUCAAGCAUGUCACUUGCCAUUCCUCCGAGCAUCUUGCCCGUAACCCUUUUCCUGAAUUGCACCGUCCGCAGCCUGACGCCCAGGCGGACGGGUAUGCGUCGGAUGACACAUCUAGCAGUGAAGACGAACGCCAACGCAGAGGGCGGAAAGCUACAAGAUCAAGAUGGGUCAGUGCUAGACAUAAGGUGGCCGGAGAGAAAGAGAUAUCUCAACACGAGGCGAAGUUGUUCAAAGAGAACGAGGAAGUUGUCACUCAGGAAGUGAAGAGAAACGAAGCGGACAAACUUCCAGGUUUCUCUGGAAUCUUAGAGGAUUCGUUUAGUAUGGAGGGUUCUGAGGAUAUACCCCAUGUCCUCAUGAUUCGCGAGCGAGUGGAUCUUUUGGGACAUGUGCGGCCAAUGGAACCGAAAGACGAAGUCUCAGCGUUGCAAUUGCGUCCAAGCGAGGUUGGUGUGAUCAAGGAAGAUCCCGUUCGACGAUGGCUCGCUGGUCAGGAAAAGAUAGACCGGAAGUUCAAAAGGUCGGCAGAACGUGUCGUGAAGAAACGCAAGAAGCUAGAGGCGAAAGCGGAGAAAAUGUUGGCUGAUGCAAGAGACAAGGGCCUCGUUUUGCAUGAUGAUGGAGGGAGGAUUCAGGGAGACGUCCAACGAGCAGACAGAGGAGCGUCUAAUCCAUCGAUAAGUUCCGUUGACAGUGAAAGAGUCAUAGACAAGGACAGGCGAUGGGGGCCGUUAGAUCUAGAAGGCGAACGCCCCCCGCCUAGCGCGAUCGCAAAGAGGCGUGACACACCCGAAGCUCUUGCCUUGCUCAAGAAGAGCAUAUACCACACAGCGCCAGUGACCCAUAUGACGGUGCCCAAGAUGAAGCGUAUGCAGCUUGUGCGGGCUACUUUCGACCCGAACGACCAUCCAGUGAGGGCCCCAAGACAGUCUGUAUCCGAGCAGCAGACUUUUCACGAAAAAGAGCGCGAAGAAGGCAAUGAGAGGAAAGCAGCAAGCUGUGGACGCAAUUGAGCGCACUGUUAGAGGCUCCCAUUCUCGUGCUAGUGGAUCUCAGCCUCAAGCGACUUCGGAGAAUAAUCGUGAGGGAAGUUGAGCACUUCCCAAGCCCGGCGUCUGAUCCGUGGACUUAUUACUCCAUUCCUCGGGACAUUACUUGGAUACAUACUUGGUAACGGACAAAACACUAUGGACACUUACUAUGGGGUCUCCUUUGGGAUUUUUACACUGUCUCUAUUACUCCAUUUCAAUAUUUUUGCCAGAUAUCAUGGCCGACGUCCUGACUAUGACAUCCGGGAAGAGGAUGCAUCCAGAUGAAGGUCGCCAAGCCGCACUCGUUCUCGAAUGCAAAUCAAGAAGAACUACAGUACAAAUACACAUCCUGACACACGACUUAAUCCAAACUAGAUACUUUUUCACGUUCGACCAAUCACUUUAUCAUUCAGAAAUUUGAUCAAUAGCUUGAUCAUGUC